UUCAAACUGGUGGACAGUGUCUACAAGGCGGACCAGACCAAUCUGGAUGAAGAGGACCGAAUCAUUCUUCAGUGGACAUGGAGCCAGUUCGCCACUUCAGGCUUGAACAUUCCAGCGGGUGCUCAACGUGACGAGUUCACCGCGAACAAUGCACGAAUCGACGAGCUGUUCGACUAUUGGACUGGCAACCAGAGCGAGCCAGCCUACGUAUACUUCGCAGCUGAGGAGCUUGAGGGUGUACCUGCCACCAUCCUCAGCGAACUCGACAAAGACUCAUCCGGGAAGUAUCAGCUCGACGCCAGCAACAUCGAUGAUAUUCUCGCCAUCUCAAACAACGCUGUCAACGAAACCACAAGAUACACCAUGUUUAUCGCGGCCGACAACACGGCGCCCGGAAACGUCUAUGUCCUUGAAGAGAUGACGCAGCUGCGAUUCCAGGUUGCACAGGCGCUAGGCUACGCCUCGUGGGCCGAGUAUGUCCUCGCCAGAGCACCGGCAGCAGUCGCCGGAACACCCGCCGCUGUGACUGACUUUCUGGAGCAAAUCGGUACCGCCGCCGCCCCUCUUGCCGCCGGUGAACAAGCACGACUGAGUGCUUACAAGUCGAAUGAUACGAAUGUGAUCAGCCCCAUUGGCGAGAAGGACGUCGUCUACAGAUGGGACACUCUGUUUUAUAGUCAGAUUUGGAAAGAGACCGAAUAUCAGAUCGACGAUGAAGCAGUUUCGGCGUACUUGCCCUUCAAUGUCACCUAUGCUGGAAUCUUGAAGAUUUACGAGGAGAUCUACGGGUUGACGAUCCAACGGAUUGAGGGCGCGGAUCUCGACGAAUUCUCUCCGACAGGCAAAGGGAGUGAUUUGCUCUGGCAUCCCGAUGUAAUGCUUUUCGCUGUCUGGGACAGCCAAGACUUCAUCAGCAAACAUCCUGACCCAGAAUAUGGCUUCCGGGGCUUCAUCCUUGUCGACCCCUUCUUCCGCAAGGGUAAAUCCACUGGGUCGACGUACAUCUCGACGUUGAGCCCCUCGUACUUGAAGGCCGACGGCUGCCGAAACUACCCUGUUUUCGGGAUUGUGUACAAUUUCGUCCAAUCCGAGGACGAGGUGAAGCCAUCCCUCCUCCGGUACAGAGAUCUGAACAACGCCUUCCAUGAGCUGGGCCAUUCCAUGGCCGGGUUGACCUCGAUUAACAAAUACGAAAAGACCAAUGGUCUCGAUGGGUCUCCAACGGAUUACGUUGAGUUCCCAAGCCAAAUGAUGGGAGAGAACUUUAUCAAGGUUCCCGAAGUGCUCAAAAGUAUUAGCACACACUGGUCUUCGUUCUCGCCGCAAGCCGCCGCCGCCUGGCAAGCCGAGCAGAACUCUACUACGGCUGCCCUUCCUCCGGUCACUCUGCCCGACGAUCUCAUCGAAGGACUCAUCAAGUCCACCUCACUCUUCCCGAGAACGAGACCAUCGGGACAGGAUGUAGAAGGCAGAGUCGCCCGCUUCUCCUACGACCAGGCCAUCUACAACCAGACCAGCCUGGAUGCGGUCAAAGCUAUUGAUCAGGGCUCACUGUACGAAACGCUCAUCAAGAGAUACUCUGGUGUCCCGGACCCCAGCGACAUAGGCCAGCCCGCCGACUGGGGCCACGGAGAGACUUCGAUCUACCAAUACGGCGCCGACAACUACGCUGCUCAGUACUACUCCUACCUCUUCUGCCAGAUCUUCGCAGAGGACGUCUUCUAUACCAAGUUCGCUGCGGAUCCGUUGAACCCUGACAUUGGGUACGAUUACCGUUUGCGGGUCCUCCAACCUGGUGCAUCUACCAAUCUCACGCAGCUCCUGACCAACUACCUUGGGCGUGAGCCGAACCAGAACGGAUACUACCAGUUCAUUGGCCUCGGUCCGGCCCUCGGAAAUUGA